GGCCGCGGCGCCCGAGACGUCCUCCAGAGCCGCAGGGUCUCAGAGAUGCUCGAUUCCUCCGUACCUGAUUUUUGUCCCUCCUCCUGGCUGCGUCUGAAGGUGGGGAAGCUCCCGGACGAUGUGCCACUGCAGGCGGCGGCUGUGGCGGCUGGAGCGGAACACGGCGGCGAGCUCGGAGCCGAGCGUGCCCCGGCGGAGCGCCACGGAGGGUCGCGCGGCGGAGCCGAGGCGCGCCGUCACCCCGCGCGUGGCGAUAUUCGUUUGCGCUGCCGUCGUCUCUGCCCUCCUCCGCCUGCACGGGCCCACGGCGGCGACCUUUGGCGUGGGCGCCUUCAGCCGCACAGCGCUGCUGGUCUGCACCCUCACCGUGCUCUGCGGCGGGCGCGCGGACCUCGGCGGUUCAAAGAGGCUGUUGCACAGCGCGGCCGACUGGGCCGGCGCGGCAGUCUGGCCAAAGGCAGCCGUGGCAGACUGACCCAGAAGCUUCGGCACAGCUCGUCCUCUUAGCACUAUCACAGUAAGUAUUGCAGUGCUCCCCUCUGUUGAAUUGUACCAGCCUUCACUGGUGGUUCCGUCAGUUGCCAGACUCCACUUAGGAGCAUGUUUCUUUUUUUCUCGUUGCACACCUCGCGGCGCGAGUGGAAUACAGCAGUGCGUGCGCGGUUGCUGGCCGGACGUAGCGGACUCAGCGCAUCCUCAGCAAACGAGUCGCCGAGCGCUGGAAAAGAAAAUCGAGC